AUGGCUGAUGAGGUGGCUGCACUUCAUCAUACGAGGACAUGGGUCUUGGUUCCUCGACCUCCCGGUGUUAACAUUGUCAGAUGCAAGUGGAUCUUUAAGACCAAACAACAGCCUGAUGGUUCUAUUGAUAAACAUAAGGCUAGACUCGUCGCUCGGGGCUUCACUCAGCGGCAUGGCAUCGACUAUGGUGAUACGUUCAGUCCAGUCGUCAAGCCAGCAACAGUACGGCUGGUCCUAUCUCUUGUAGUGUCCCUCGUGGAUGGAGUCUCCGUCAGAUUGAUGUCAACAAUGCUUUCCUCCAUGGUUUUCUGUCAGAGGAUGUGUAUAUGCAACAGCUACCCGGUUUUGAGGAUGAGCGAUAUCCCUCCCAUGUGUGUAAGUUAG